AUGAACGCCCCCCGGAUCCUUCCCCUAAGGCGCCUAUAUGGCUCUUCUGUACGAUUAUCUACACACUCACCUUCCCUCAUCCACUCUCCCAGCAGGAGAAACCUCUCCAUCCACCCCAUCGCCGGCUCCCUAGGCGCCGAAAUCCACGACAUCGACCUCAGCACUCUCCCCCAAAACCCCAGCCUUGUCCAGGAAAUCCGAGACGCAUUCCUCCAGCACCAGGCAAUUUUCUUCCGCAACCAGCACCACCUCGACCCAGCAUCCUUCCUCACCUUCACCUCUUACUUCGGCAAACCCGUCGAAUACCCCUUUGUCCGGGGCAUCGACGGCUUCCCCGAAAUCAUCCAGGUUCUCAAGCAAGAACAUGAACGCAUCAACUUCGGCGGCAUCUGGCACAGCGACACAUCCUACUUUGCCGAGCCACCUAUGGCCUCGGUCCUGCUCGCAAAGGAAGUGCCCCCAUUUGGCGGCGACACCUUGUUCGCGAACCAAUACGCGGCAUACGAGUCACUGUCCGAGGGCUUGAAAAACGCGCUCUCCAGCCUCCGGGCCGUAAGCACGUCCACCAAAGCCGACGCCAGCAAGACGCGUGAAGACCGUGUUCGCGACAGCGGGACCCAGUCGUCUGCCCUCGAAGCCACGCAUCCCGUCGUCCGCACGCACCCCGAAACAGGUCGCAAAUCACUCUACGUCAACGUCGCGCACACCUCGCACUUUGACGGGUGGACUGAAGGGGAAUCCGAGCCGUUGUUGAGGUUUUUGUUUGCUCACCAGAUUCAGCCCGAAUUCACGUGCCGGUUUCGCUGGGACGUGGGAAGUGUGGCAUUCUGGGAUAAUCGGUGCGUACAGCAUAAUCCAAUCAAUGAUUACCAUGGGUUUCGGAGGAGGAUGUUGCGCAUCACAUUAGCGGGAGAUAGGCCUAGACAAGGUGGUGUUUAG